AUGAGCACGGGAGGCGGCAGCGUCCGCGACCUGACGGCCCUCCUCUCCGCGCUGCGCCGCGCGCGAUUCCAACACCCCGCUCACGCCGCGCAGCUCCACGCCCGCCUCCUCGUCUCUGCUGGCGCGCGCCCCCACCCGCACCCGGUCCUCCUCACGCAGCUCGUCUCCCUCUACGCCGCCGCGGGCCGCCUCGCCGACGCGCUCCGCGCCUUCCGCGCCCACCUACCCAGCGCCAACCUCCACACCUACGCCGUCCUCGUCUCCGCCCUCGCGCGGCCGCAUCCGGCCCUCGCGUUCUCCCUCUUCUCGGGCUCGCGCCGCCAGCUCCGCCCCAACCCCCAUGUCAUCUCUGCCGUGCUCGCCGCAUGCGCCGGCCUCCAGCCUCUCUGCGGACGCCAGGUCCACGCGUGCGCGGCCAAGGUCGUACCGCCCGGCGACGUGUUCGUCUACACCGGGAUGGUCGACGCGUACGCCAAGGGCGGGGACAUGGAGUCGUCCAGGAAGGUGUUCGAUGAAAUGCCGAUCCGGGGCGCCACGUCGUGGAACGCGCUCCUCGUUGGUUACACCAGGAACAAGAUGUGCCUCGAAGCACUGUCGGUGUUCAGGGAGUUGGCCGCGCAGGGGCGGGAGGUGUCCCUCGAUCAGGUGAGGGUGUCGAGUGUGCUCAGCGCUUGCACUGUGGCAGGGGCCCUGGACUUUGGUCGCCAGGUACAUGCGUGCGCUGCCAAGGUGGGGCUGGAGCUGAGCGCGGUUUGUGUCAGCAACGCUCUUCUUGACAUGUACACCAGGUGUGGAUGCUCACGAGAAUCUUUAGCUCUGCUAUAUGCUGUGGGUUACAGGGAUGUUGUCACCUGGAACAUCAUCAUUCGUGGUUGCAUUCAUGACAACCGCUUCAAGGAAGCUUGUGUGCUGUUCCGGUCCAUGGUCAGGAGCGGUACCUUGCCCGAUGAUGUGGCCUUUGCUACUGUACUGCAGGCAUCAGCAUAUAUGUCGGCAUGGGCUAUAGGAGCAAGCAUGCAUGCCUCUGUCGUAAAGACAGGGUUCUUGGACAGUGAUGGCGUUGCUAGCUCGUUAAUCUCCAUGUAUUCCAGAUGUGGCUGCUUGGACGAUGCACACCGAGCGUUUGUGGGGGCAAAAGAUCAUUUGCAUGUAAUGCCCUGGACGGCCAUGAUAACUGCACUGCAGCAGCAUGGAUAUGGAAUGCAGGCAAUUGAUGUAUUCGAGAAUAUGCUAGAGAAUGGCAUUCCUCCGGACCACAUCACAUUUGUUAGUGUUCUCUCUUCCUGUAGCCACAGCGGAUUUGUUGAGCAAGGACACAAGUACUUCGAUUCAAUGACUGAAGUUCAUAAGAUCACACCAUGGAAUGAGCAUUAUGCGUGCAUGGUUGACAUGUUUGGGCGAGCAGGCCUUCUAACUGAGGCAAAGCGAUUCAUUCACCAGAUGAGACCUAAGCCAGAUGCAUCAGUCCUUGGGGCACUCCUUUCGGCUUGCAUGAACUGCGGGGACCUUGAGAUGGGUAAGGAGGUUGCCAAGAAGCUGUUUGUGAUUGAUCCAGGUAAUACCGGGAACUAUGUCCUGCUUGCUAAUAUCUAUGCAUCACGUGGAAGAUUGGAGGCGGCAAAGGAGGUGCGGAGAUGGAUAAUGUUUCAGGAGUUAAGGAAGGAAAAGGGACGCAGCUUAAUCAGCAAUUGA